UCAUUCAACCCAGCUGAGCAUACGAUAUGAGGUUAAAAGCAUUAAUUACAUAUAAUGGGAAUCACGUAGAGAUAACGAAGAUUACAUGUUUUUGAUUGAUCCAUAUCGUGUCAGAAACCUCUAUACACAAACAUCAUGAUUUGCAUAGUGUCAGGCUUGCCUGGGCUGGCUUUUGUCCUGCUGCUGGCCAGCUUUGUGUCCUCAAGGCCUGUUCAGCGUGACCUGGCAGCAGACAGAGAGAGCCACUUCCUCCAGAGAGCGAAGCUGAUAGAUGAGGAGACCAAGCUCAGGAUCGGCUCGACGACAACUCUAACACCACCCGAGAGUACCUUGGACUACAUCAUGAUGAGGGAAAAGAGACGAAUCAUGGACGAGAGCCGCAUCAACCGUUCAGCUUAUCUCCCCGCUUACAGUUUCCAUCAAUCUAAAGCCUACAUUGAGAACACAACAAUCUACAAAAUCAUUAAGAGGAUGCCAAAAGGAGCUGCCCUUCACCUUCAUGAUCUGGCUAUAACCAGUUUGAACUGGGUUGUCAAGAACGUCACCUACAGAGACAACGUGUACAUGUAUUAUGAUGAUAAAGGCUUUGUACGUCUUGGGGCUUUUGAUACUCCUCCAGCAGACAACCCCUGGAAGCUUGUGAAGUCUCAGAGAGCUGCAGCGGCUGAUCAAGACAUAUUUGACGAAGAUCUACGUAAAAGUAUCAGCAUGCUAUCCAACGACCCACUGGCAACGUAUCCGACUAUUAGUCUGGUAUGGGACAGAUUUAAUUUGUAUUUCGGACAGGUUAUCGGCCUUUUGUUCAAUGCAGACAUCAUGAGAGACUACUACAGACAAGCUCUGGUUGAGUUUAAAGAGGACAAUGUCCAGUACAUUGAAUUGAGAGGUCAGCUACGUGGGUUCUCAGAGCUCAACGGGACAACUCACGAUGCAGAGUUUGGGGCUGAUCUUUACAAAGACGUCACUGACACUUUUGUCCGGGAAAACCCGGAUUUUUUCGGAGCAAAGAUCAUCAUGUCCGGACUGAGAUACAAACCACAGACUGACAUACUUGACGAGGUGAAGUCUGCCAUGGCACUGCGUCAGAAGUAUCCAAACUUUUUCGCUGGCUACGAUCUGGUGGGCCAGGAGGACCCAAACUAUCCUCUCUCCUACUACAUAGACGCCCUGCUGUACCCGGAGAACACGUUGCCCUACUUCUUUCACGCCGCUGAAACAAAAUGGCAAGAGACUGAAGUAGAUUACAACUUGGUGGACGCCAUACUGUUGAACACAACCCGAGUGGGCCAUGGCUACGGUCUAGCUAAACAUCCCAAAAUGUCCAGCUUAAUGAAAGAAAGAAACAUCGCUGUGGAAGUCAAUCCCAUCUCCAAUCAGCUCCUGGGUCUUGUGAAUGAUUUGAGGAACCACCCCAUGGCAGUACUUAUGGCCGACGGCUUCCCGGUGGUUAUCAGCUCCGACGACCCUGCCACCUGGGAGGCGGCGCCACUGUCGCACGAUUUUUUCAUGGCUUUCAUGGACCUGUCCGGGCGCGACACUGGACUCAGCUUCCUCAAGCAGCUGGCGUUGAAUUCCAUUGAGUACAGUGCGAUGAGUUCUAAUGAGAAGAUUCAAGCCAGAGCUUUAUGGCAGACCAAAUGGGACACGUUUAUAAGAGAGGUCAUUGCUGAGCUGACCAGCGGUCAAAUUGUUGGGAGAUAAACAUCUGCUACAUCCAUUCAAUGGCUCUAAAUAGAUCUAGUAGCUACACUAACUACUGUCUUAAGACCACACAAAUAUAAAUAUGUAUUGUGAAAAAUAA